AAAACACUUGUAAUUGUCACCGGAGGAAAAAGUGGAAAACUGCAAAUAUUUUGGGCCCAAACAUCUGAAUGAAAAAGGUCCUAUUUCUUUGGAGUGAACAGAGAAGGCCCAUAGAGCAAACGCACCGAAAACAGAUCAUUGAUUCGGAUCGGGACACGCCCCUUGGCCAAUCCCGAUCCCACGCUUCCCCAAUCAGGCAAUCACCCCUGCCGGCGCGCAUGGCCCCCCCAGCCCCCCCAACGACCUCGCCGUCGGCGCCGGCGAGGCCCGCACUCCUGGGCAGCGUUGCGGGGCUUGACGCGGCCGUGUCCCUCCGCCUACACGCGCUCUUCCUCCCGGUGCCGCGCCUCCUCCUCAAGGCGCUCGAGGUCGCCGGCGACGGCCGCAUCUGGCUCCCCGUCCCCAUCUCCCUGCUCCUCCUCUCGGCCUCCCCCGCGAACGCGUCCGGGGCGGUCUCCCCGCUCCUGGUCGGCCUCGUCGCGGGCCUUGUCAUCGACCUCGCCCUCGUCGGCCUCGUCAAGGUCGUCGUCCGCCGCCCGCGCCCGGCGUACAACGCCAAGGACAUGUACGUCGCCGUCGCCGCCGACCACUGGUCCUUCCCCAGCGGACACUCCUCCCGCGCCUUCCUCGUCGCGGCCUUCCUCGCCGCCGGCGGCUUCCAGCCCCGUGAGGCGCUCUUCCUCUGGGCCGCCGCGACGUCGGCGUCCAGGGUGCUCCUUGGCCGGCACUACGUCCUCGACAUCGUCGCGGGGGCUCUCCUCGGCGUGUUCGAGGCUUGGCUCAGCAACUUACUCUUGAGAUUCAUGUGCGCUCAAAGCACAUUUCUGGUGUGCUAACCUAACCUGCUAACCAUUGUCCUCAUACGAUUAAUUGCACUGCGAUGGUAUUGGCAUUGUUGUUGUUGCGAGGUUGCAAUUUUGGGAAGCAAUUCAAGUUUGCUGAGCGGGCAUGUUGUUUCUUGAACAAACUUGAGCACGAGAAAGACUGAAAGAGGAAUGAAUUUGGUUGAUGCAAUUGACAUCAUGGAGUUUGUUACAUAUAUGCAAAUUCUUCACUCAUGGACUAACAACUGGCUGUUUUUUUGGCAAUCUUAUUAUGAGCAAUUACUGUGAUAAAUUCGUUUCUACUACUUCCAGGUGCUUUGGCUACAAACGUGGCUAGGCUGUUUUAAUGUUUCAUAAACUGAUUGCUCUGCAUUGGAUACUUGCUAGUAUAUUUAUGUGUACUGGUUAGGUGUCAUGUCUUAGAUGCUAUGCGUAAUUGCAUUUGGAUACCAAGAAAAAUGAUUACUGCCAGAUACCUGAUGUUAAUUUGA